GCUCGCUACGCGUCGUGAGCUGCGCCGGGUCGCGUUUGGCAGCCACUGGUAUUUUUUUGCGAUCCGCUGCAGCGCACCCAGCAGCGUAGGACUCAUAGAAACUUGGCCAACCCUCCCUGCCCAGUAUAGCUUGACGAUACCUCAUCUUAAAACAAACGCAAGUGGGACAUGCGAUAGUUGCUUUGCUGCCGAAACCCCUCUUGCGCUCGUAACCUUAGUCCAACAAAGCAUCACGCCAUUGCCCGCGAAACAGCUCUACUACACCCUUUUUCCCUUUUACCGACAAUGAAUUCCCAGACACCGCGGCCGUUUCCAAACCGGUCACUACAAGGCGCUCCGGCAACAGCUCCGGCGCAGAGACAGAGGACGCAAAUCCUACAGCAGAGCUCAACAACAGAUGAAUAUGGCGGCAUCUCAGACGAAGACCGCGAGCACAUUGACGAAGUGUUUGACUUGAUGGAUAUGAAGAAGAAGGGAUACCUCAACAGCUACGAAUUCCGACACUCGCUGGUGGCGCUUGGCUUCGACAUGUCCAAGCCGGAAUCAUUCAAGGAGCUCGAGACAUACGGAACCGUACCGCCCGAUUGGCAAGAUCAGCACAACUGCCCCGUCAACCGCCUGCAGGUAUACCUCGACCAAUUCCGAUUGUGCGCAUCCAAGCUUGUUGCGGGCCGAGACCCAAGAGAGGAGGCCGCCAAGGUGUUUAACAUGUUCGAUUAUGACCAGGACGGUAUCAUCUCGGUAGACGACCUGCGACAUUUGGCCGAAGACAUCAAGGAAGACCGAUCCUUAUCCGAAGAGGAAAUCCAGAGCAUGAUUGACCACCUAGACCACGACGGCAAGGGUGGUGUUAACCUGGAUGAGUUUAUUCAAAUGAUGGAAGAGGCUAGUUAAACGCCCUCUCACCCCUCUACAAUUCGUACAUAUACCAUAAAUCAUGAUGCAAAGGGGCUAGGAAGAUGGUGGCGACUGAACAUUUGAACUUGGGUGGAUGUGUCUUUGGAGUUUCUGGAUUACAACGGUUUCUUUUAUAUGGAGUUUUGCUCGAAUAGCAUUGUCAAUAGGAUAUCUCUUAGCAUGAUACCCGCACGUUGGAAAUUUCACAUCUGUAUGCUUACACUCUGUGAAUACGGGCUUUUGUCUUCAACUAUCGUCUCGUGGUAAAAUAAACAAAUAAAACUGUCCCAAUAGGGGUGGCAGUUGUAGGCACAGAAAAAAAAAAAGAAAGGGCUACUUAAUCAAAGUCUCGGUAUUUGGAAUCAUCUUGAUAAAAACAUAUUGAAAAAAGGUGUUCUAUCUUUCAGGCACGCAACAAACAAAGAAAAGAAGGCGGUAAAGGGUUGAUAAAAAGUAGCAAACUCCACUAGAGGCGCAGACAACCGCUAAUUGUGCUGUGUGAUCGUGUAAGGCAUUGGCUAAUGUAGUCGCCGUUUAAAACUGGAUAAGAUCCUGGCCUUGGUUGGGCUUCUGCUGAGCGCCAAAGGGGUUGUUGGUUUGUUGCUGCUGGCCGCCGUAUGUAACAGUGGGCAUGCCAGUAAACUGCUGUCUCAAGAAGGGGUUGCUGCCGGUUUGGUCUACAGUGACACGUUGGACACCAGAGCCCGCGCUGUUCAUGAAGGUACCGGGGGCAGUGUGCUGGGCUGGUAUUCUGAGCUCGCCAGAGUUGCCAAAGGUAUCCAGGCCGUCACCAGUAGCGAGCAGAGCAUUGAGCUUAGAUUCGUGUUCGUUCAUCUCGCGUCGUGACAUGUUCUGCAUUUGCUGAGCCUGUGAAGCAUUCUGCUGCUGAGCAAAGGUUGGCUGCGUCUGGGGUUGCGUAAAGGUCGACAAUGUCUUGGGCUCAGGAAUAGAUGUGAGGGACGACAUGGUGUGGGUAGGUUGCUGGGGACGCUGGAACUGGUUCUGUGCAAACGGGUUGUUUGAACCGGUAGCCAUCGGCUUAAUGCUCUGCUGCUGUUGCUGCUGGUUGGAUCCCCAAGGAUUGUUACUACCAGCUUGUGGCGAUGGCUCGGAUGGUUGUUGCUGUUGCUGCAUUGCCUGUUGAGCGUAUGGGUUAUAUCCCGUAGGCUGCGGUUGAAAGGCCUGCAUCUGUUGCUGCUGCUGCUGCUGAAGCUGAAGCUGCUGGGCAUAUGGAUCCAUACCCAUGCCGGUCUGUUGCAUGCCGAAUCCUUGGUAACCAGUCUGGAAUCCAGUCUGCAUCGGCUGCUGGAAGUUGUUCUGCUGCACGUAGCCUGUCGGCUGCAUCUGCAACUGCGACUGGUCGAUCGGGUUGGCGAAGAAAUCGACAGGAUUGCCCUGCUGAUAGCCCUGGUUGAAGCCGGUGGGCUGUGGCUGGGUAGGUUGAGUUGGCUCCAAAUCGAACAGAGAGGUGGCAUUGCUCUCUUCGAGCUCCCUGCGCCUUCUCUCUUCUUCCUCUUGGCUCAGUUUGAUAGCCUUGGCAAGGUCGUCGUCGUUAUCAUCGGUCUGUCUACCCUCUCGCUUUUUGCGAUCUUCCUCUUCUUGGUAUUUGCUUGCCUCUAAGGCGAGCUUGUACUCAGCAUCGUCCUCCUCAUUCGCUGGUCUGCGUUCGCGUUGACGUCUAUUGGAUGGUUCACCAACUGGCGGGCCGUGCUCCUCCAAGCCGGUAACUCUGGAUUUCCAGGACUUUCGGUCGCUUCGCUCUGCCCGGAGUCUCUCCUCGUCAAGAAUCAAGGAAGUGAUUUCUUUGGCAGCCACACGCACUGGGGAUCAUUAGCAAGACUGGAAAAGAGUAAUACAAAGAGCACACACCAUUCUGGCCAACGUCUCGGCCGUCCUCGUCAACGUAUUGGAACUCGCGCAGAGUCUUGAUGAUGUAAAUGCUCUGACGGGCCCAAGUGACAACCAGUUCGGAACCCUCGUGAAGACAGUAAUCAAGGACCUUGAGAGCCUUCAAAACGUGUCUCCAGUUCUUUCCCUUGUCGUUGAGUCUUUUGUCUAGCAUAUCCAUGAUGUCGUAAAAUUCGGUCGAACUGUGACGCAAUCAGCGGGAUUCCAAGCGGGAUUACCGACGAGGACAGUAAACAUACGUAUUAAAGGUCAUUUGAGCAAUCUCGCUCAUCUGUGUUCCCGUGGGACCCCAUGGAUCGUUGCUUGUAGCUAUUGCAGGCCGAAUUAGCAGGCGAGGGGUUAUGUAGCGGAAGCUGUGCGAGACCAACCUUCGCGGACCUUGAUCUGGGUGCUGGAGUAACCCUUGGUCACGUUCUUGAUCUCUCUCAUAACCUUGGACAUGGCGGGCAGACGGGGUGCGCUCUCUCAGAGACGCUAAUUAUAUCGAAUGCGCUCACAAAUGUAGAUGUCGGGGAUGGCCUCGGAGGGCGUUGGGCGGGCUCGGCCGUUGCUCCGCACAAAGGAGCUUGAUGAGUGACGUCGCGCGGAUGGACGAAGCCGUCGAGUGGCAGGUGCUGGAGAAUGCGGACCGCCGGUAGAUGCAACUCGAGAGGAGCGCAGUGAUGAAUGGAUUGCCUGGCAGGAGGAUUUGGAGCGGUGCUGGUGGCCAAGGCUGGAGCGAAUUAGGUGACGCGGCUAAGGCGG